AUGACGAGAAUUAUGAAAUUUACAUGCUUUAUGCUAGCGGUAGUAUCAGCUGCUGCUUUGCCUAUUGCUGUCGAUAGCGAAGCAUCCUCAUCUGCUUCUUCUUCCGCCUCUUCCUCGUCCGGAGGAUCCGGAGGAUCAGGUGGCCCCCCAAGUGGUCGUGGGAGAACCCACAGAGUCCAUGUCGGCGCCAGAGGCCUUUUCUACGACCCCCAAGUCGUCAUGGCAGACGUUGGAGAUGUGAUUGUGUUUGAAUUUAGGGCAGGAACUCAUACACUUACUGAGUCUACAUUUGGAUCGCCUUGUAAGAGGCUUGAUGGUGGUGUUGAUUCCUCAAUUUUGGCGAAUCCCGAUAGGGCGGAUCCAGGGCCGAAGUUUAAGCAUGUUGUGUCAGAUGAGAAGCCACAUUUCUUCCACUGUGCGCACAAGAAACACUGCGGUAGGGGAAUGGUCUUUGCCAUCAAUCCUACUGAGGAAAAGAGCUUUGAGGAGUUUAGACUGAGGGCUAUUGAGCAAGGAGGAGAAGGAGAGGAUUCUGGAGAUGCCUCUUCGGGAGCUUCUUCGGGAGCUUCUUCGGGAGCCUCUAGCGGUGCAUCGUCCUCAUCAAGUGCGUCCUCUCAGUCAGAUAGCUCGAGUUCUUCAGAUGCCUCUGCAUCUUCGAAAGCUUCUUCAGGUGCCUCUUCAGGUGUUCCUGGAGGUCCCGGCGGUCCCGGCGGUCCUCCUCCUGGUGCCUCUGCCGACGCCUCUGCCAGUGCCUCUGCCGACGCCUCAGCCGGUGCUUCUGCAGGUGGUCCUCCAGGUGGUAGCCCCCCAGGUGGCUCUUCUAGGGCUUCUGCAGGUGCCUCCGCUUCUUCAGGUGCCGCGGGUGGCCCCCCAGCGGGUGGCCCAGGUGCCUCUAGCGGAGCUUCCGCUUCUGCCGAUGCUUCCUCCUCUGCGGGUGGUCCUCCAGGCGGUGGCCCCCCAGGAAGCUCUUCUGGAACUUCUGCCGGUGCCUCAGCCGGUGCUUCCGCAGGUGGUCCUCCAGGUGGUGGUCCUCCAGGAGGUUCUGGGGCUUCCGCCGGUGCCUCGGCCUCUUCAGAUGCCUCCGCCUCUUCGGGUGCAGCAGAUGGACCCCCAUCAGGCGGUCCACCUUCAGGGGCCUCUAGCGGAGCCUCCGCUUCUGCAGAUUCUUCCGCCUCUGCCGGUGGUCCUCCUAAGGGCCCUAAGGGGGGUCCUCCCGGUGCCUCUGCGGAUGACUCUUCAGAUGCCUCCGCUUCUUCAGGCGCUUCUGCCUCCUCAGGUGCUGUAGGUGGCCCUCCUUCAGGUGGUCCCCCUAGGGGAGGCCCAGGUGCCUCAAGUGGAGCUUCUUCCUCUGCUGAUGCGUCUUCCUCCGCGGGACGCCCUCCCAAGGGAGGUCCUGGAGGUCCUGGAGGCGCAGCCUCCGGUGCUUCAUCAGAAGCUUCUGCAGGCGCUGGUGGACCCGGUUCAGGUACCACAGGAACCUCUUACUCAUCCUCAUCGUCUUCUUCGUCAUCCUCAUCCGCCUCAUCCUCCUCCUACUCCAGCAGCUACUCUUCUGGCGGUAGUGGCAAGCCACCCGGCGCAGGUGCUGGCGCUUCAUCCCAGUCUUCAUCCAGCAGCAAGGCAGGAGCUGACGGCACCGGAGCCUCAAGCAGCUCCGGUGCUGAAGCGGGAGCAGGCGGCCCUGGUGCCUCAUCGAGAUCUGGAGCUUCAUCAGGUGCCAGCGCUGGCGGACCUGGUGGACCUGGAGCCUCAAGCAGCUCCGGUGCUGAAGCGGGAGCAGGCGGCCCUGGUGCCUCAUCGAGAUCUGGAGCCUCAUCAGGUGCCAGCGCUGGUGGGCCUGGCGGGCCUGGAGCGGGUAGCAGCAGCAGCAGUAGCAGCUCUGCAGGCGCAGAUGCGGACGGAUCUGACGCUACGAGCUCGUCCUCAUCUCGCAGCAAGUCUGGUGGCGGUCCGGGUGGAAGCGGAAGUGAGUCUUCAAGCUCCGCGUCUUCUCGCAGUAGGUCCGGUGCCCCUGGGCCAUAA